GUGGGCACACCUCGGCCGCGCCCAAGAAAGCACCUGGACACGAGCCGAGGUCCAUCGCCCGAACUUGUUCUUCACUCCCGUUCCUCCCCACCGAACACGCUAAGACGCUUCAUCCACUCCCCCCAACCCGCUCCAUGGUCACACUUGGAGAUCUCCUUUAAGGUUAACGCGCAGAAAAGAAACGACGGAUCCUCCCCCUCGUGGGCCAGGAUGUCUAGGCCUAACGCUACCUCGCAGAAGGCUUUAAUUACCCAAGCUCUGAAAGCCGAACAGGAUGUAUCUUCGGCCACUUCUCAAAGACAGGCACUGGAGGCUGCGAUCGACGUGACUGAGAAUUACAUGAAGGCGUUAAAAUUAGCAACGCUUCCAAGGGAUAAACAGGCAUUGGAUGCAAAAUGCAAAGACUGGCUCACCCGAGCUGAAAAGAUCAAGGUAUCGCAGGACUGGCAAUCUGUUGCGCGUGGGCAGGAAACAACACUUCCGACAUCCACCCGCAAACUCACCACGCGUGAAGAAAUUAUACUCCUAGAAGGGGCCAAGCUUAAUGGAUUCAUCUUUCCGCCGUGGUCCAGGUCCCCAAGUCUGGACGAAUUUGAACAGGAAGAUGGGAAGCCUUUUACCGACAAACCCGAUCUUCAUCUUUCGGAUCUUCAGAAACACAUAUUUGGUGGCUGGAAACGACCCGCUGAGUUGCUAGCAGGGGAUUUCGAGGACCCGAAUAGCGUCGUAGAGCCCGUGAUGUCUGUUACUGGAAAGACUGAUCUUGUACAAGACGUCCUGACCGACUGUUCUGUUGUUGCCAGUCUCUGUGCCACCACUUCGAGACUGGAACGUGGUAUGGGAAAGCGUUUUCUACCCGUGGUUUACCCCUGUGAACACGUACAGGCAAAUCCGGAACCGUCACCGUCAGGGAAAUACAUAUUUCGCUUUUAUUUUAAUGGGUGUUUUCGCAAGGUAAUCAUUGACGAUCGCCUGCCGUCAUCCAAGACCUCAAGAUCUCUUCAUGUGAUUGACCGAAACAACCCCACAUUCUUGUGGCCGGCCCUUGUUGAAAAAGCAUACCUCAAACUCCGCGGAGGCUACGACUUCCCUGGGAGCAAUUCUGGGACAGACUUGUGGGUGUUGACGGGCUGGAUCCCCGAGCAGGUCUUCCUUCACAGCGAGGAUGUGACCGGUGACGACCUCUGGAGGCGCUUCGCCAAGGCCUUCCAUCAAGGGGAUGUCUUACUGACAAUAGGCACCGGGGAAUUAACCGAGCGGGAACAGGAAGAGCUGGGUCUUGUCAGCGAGCAUGACUACGCAAUUUUGGACAUGAAGGAGUCCAAGGGCCGUCGACAGAUGCUUGUGAAAAACCCCUGGGCCGGAGCAGAUGCGGUAGAUGGCGAAGGCGAAUGCAUUUCUAACCCGGCUGAUCCACCGCACAAUCCGCCGUCUUUUGCGCCGGGCACCUUCUGGAUGGACUGCGAAAGGGUUCUCCAGAAUUUCGAGAACCUAUAUUUGAACUGGAAUCCGGAGAUUUUCAAAUAUCGAGAAGAUAUCCACUUUACUUGGGAUCUCUCUAGCGGUAGAGGAAUAGCCGGCUGCUUUGUUAAGAACCCUCAGUUUGCAGUUACUUGUGCACUGGGUGGUACUGUCUGGAUACUACUCGGAAAACAUUUCAGGACGAUUGCGCACGACCAAGAAUAUGACGAGUCGGGGUUUAUAAGCAUCUAUGUCUUCAAUGCUAGAGGGAAGAGAGUUUCCUUGAGUGACACAGCUUUGCAUCGUGGUCCUUAUGUUGACUCGCCCAACACUCUCAUGAGACUGGAGAUGCCCCCGAACACGACGUACACGGUUGUCGCCUCCGAACAGUCUUUACCUUCCUUGAGUCAGAGCUUCACACUCUCCGCACUUUCCACCUCACCGGUACAGAUCGCACAGGCCCAAAAUGAACACAUGUGUGUCAGCAAGGUCCAAGGCGCCUGGACACCUCUUACUGCGGGUGGAAAUGCAGAGUCAGCACGCUAUCCUUUGAAUCCUCAAUUUAGUUUGGUAACAUCAGAUGUGACUGACGUGUCAUUUCUGCUCGAGUCGUCAGAUGUCGACCUUGCCACCCAUGUUAAACUUUUCUGGUCCAAAGGCAAUCGCAUAUCAAGAGUUCGAAGCCGCGAUAUAAUUACCGACAGUGGUGACUAUCGUCGGGCUGGAUGCCUCGCAGAGAAGAGGUCUCUAGAGCCAGGUCCUUAUACUAUUGUGUGCUCUACAUUUGCCCCUGAUCAACUUGGCAAAUUCACGCUCUGGGUUUCAUCUUCAAUUCCUUGCCAAGUGAAAGCGCUUGCUCCAGAGGCAGCGGGUCGACGUGCAGUCAUUUCAGAUAUUGGCGUACUACCCCCGGGAAGGGAUCGGAUGUUAGCUCCUCUACACGUCCCGCGAUUGACACGGAUCAAACUCAUCGCGCGAAGCCGAAAGUCGGUGAUUGGCGACCAUCCUGUUGGUCCUUCACCUGCCUUGAUGACCGUAGAACUCGGCCAAGGACCUUACAAAGAGACCCUGGCGACCUCGGAAGACGGAAACCACAGCGAUGCGAUAUCGGGGGUGCGUGUCGAGGAUUUUGACAUCAAGCCAGGACUCGAGGAGAAAGGCGGAGCUUGGAUUGUCAUCGAGAGAAUCGGCGGUCCUGGAGGUCAGGUUGAAGAUCAUUUCGAGGUGGAAGCGUUGGCCGAAGAGAGAGUGGAAAUUGGGGAGUGGAUAGUGGAAGAUGUUUGAAGAGCAUACGGAGUACAUAGCAUGUGCAUGUAUUUUGGUCUUGACUUGUAAACACCAUGUUAGAGUUGUACAUACAGUGGAAUGAUAAUGUGAAUACCCAGUUACU